GUACUUGUGACGUUAACACGGAAGUGUUUUUUGACAACCAAACAAUGACCGCGUUCCAACCUGUUCUAUAAAGUGUUUGGUAUAAAACCUACCCUAUUUUGUAGCAUCUAAAUUUGUGACAUGUUUCAGUGUCGGGUGGUUUUUUUUUUUUUAGCUUCUUUUAACAGCUUGCUGUAGAAAAAAGACGGGCCAGCAUUACAGCUAGCGUGUGAGCUACCGUCAUUAUUUAGUUGAAUACAGAGAAGCUAAAUAUUAAAGAUAUUUUCUCCAAUGGUACUCAUUCCUCUGAGUUAGUUCCCGCCUUGCGCUUUUUUUUUGUAAGGUAAUUUUUCAUGUAUGGCUUCAUGGCGUUUGUUAAAACUGGUUACUCAGCUGAAAAAGCCAAAGUUAAUUUCGACUGAACCAAACAACGCCGUCUUUUUGUUGUCUGCUCAAGCUUUGUUAAUAAGUGCAUUCACAGACUUUGAUUCGUCAAAGAGAGCAAAAGUCGAGACAAAAAAAGAAACUGCAUCUGCAUCUUUUUACAAAGGUGUGCGUUUUUGCCAUCACAGCACCGGAAAUGAGGCCAUAAAUCAAGAAAGCAAGGAAAACAAAGCAGAGACAAAUAUGGAUAUUCGGCCUAAAACUGCAGCGGGCGGUUUACGGGGCGUAAAGACAAAAAGUACCUUUCAAAAGAUUGGCCCCAGACAACAGCAGAAGUUCAGAAAUACUCUAGAUCGAUGGUUGGUAAAGCCCUCAAAGAGUUCAAGUGCAACAGAAGAGUGUCCAGGCCAAGAAGAUGUGGAAAUGACAGAUGAGGAGGGGUCUCAAAACCCCUUAGCAGUAUAUGUAAACUAUGAAAAUAUAGAGAAAUCUUCUAUUUCCGCGAUGGAUGAUUACACCCAAGUACUAACACCACAAGACUUUGAUGAGGGCUGUCCUUUAUUGCCUGAUUCUAGAGACUCUGCUGGGAAGCCUGCUUCUAGUCGGGAUGCGUCACAACCACUGGAAGCAUGCUCUUCACACUCUGAGGGUUCUGCCAAACAGAGAACAAAAACCUCAGCGCAGAGCUUUGCUGUGAAAAAUGGUUGGCGAGGUACAUCUUCAGAGGAGCAAGAUCCAGACAAGGAACAUACACAUGCUGAUGUUAAAUGGUUGGGAACGCCGAUCGGCGAGCUACGUAGAAUGCCAGAAUGUGGUGGGAAACUUCCUCCACUGAAAGAUGUUCCUGGUCAACACACUGUGAUGAUAAGGACGGACGUUCUUGGAAAUAAUACAGUUCCUAUUCCUUAUCCAGCUAAAUUUAUAGAUACAUGGGAUGAUGUCCAUGUGAAGAUGCCCUGCUCAAACAGGAAUUUGUUUCCAGUUGGUGAUGAGAAAAAGAGUCGGUGGGAUCUGAUCAAAGAAACCUUAAGCCAGAAAUUCACAAACGUUUCUGAGUGGAAGAAAGCAGUGUUGAAAUAUAGUGCCUCACAUGCCAAAAAAUGGGACUUUACAGCACUGGACUUGUACUGCAACAAGGUCUUGGAGCCUGAUGCUGAGGAACAUCUGUUUGACUGUCUGCUGCCAGACAUGGUGCGAUUAGCACUGAGAGCAUCUGAGCUCUGCACCAAGCCUAUCCCCCUCCUGAAAAGAGGCAUGGACCACUCCAUCACCAUGUCUCAGGAGCAGGUGGCAUGUCUGCUUGCAAAUGCCUUCUUUUGUACAUUCCCCAGAAGAAACUCCAGAAAGACUGAGUACUGCAACUACCCAGACAUCAACUGUUUCAGGCUGUUUGAAGGAUCAUCUACCAAAAAGAUCGAGAAGCUCAAAACCCUGAUGUGUUAUUUUAAAAGUGUCACGGAACAAAAGCCUACAGGACUCGUGACAUUCAGCCGUCAAAGACUGGAUAAACCUCCCAACUGGAAAAGCUCGCAGACAUUGCUCACAAGGCUCCACAUUACAUGUGAAGGGACGAUUGAGGAUGAUGGUUAUGGAAUGCUUCAGGUGGAUUUUGCCAACAAGUUUGUUGGAGGAGGAGUUAUCGGUGCUGGUCUUGUUCAAGAGGAAAUCCGUUUUCUCAUAAACCCUGAGCUCAUCAUUUCCCGUCUCUUUACGGAAGCCCUGGAAGAUAAUGAGUGUCUCGUUAUCACAGGAACAGAGCAGUACAGUAAAUACACAGGUUACUCUCAGACCUACAAGUGGGCUGGAUGUCAACAAGACACAACUCCAAGUGACUGUUGGAGGAGGCGGUGCACAGAGAUCGUGGCCAUCGAUGCGCUACAGUUCAGGAACUUUCUCGAACAGUUUCGGUCCGACAAAAUAAACAGAGAACUUAAUAAGUCUUAUUGUGGCUUUUCUCGCCCUGAGAAGGAAAGUCAAAACCUCGCUGCAGUGGCAACAGGAAACUGGGGCUGUGGUGUUUUCGGAGGUGACACACGCCUCAAAGCUCUGAUCCAGAUGCUGGCAGCUGCUGAGGCGGGCCGAGACGUCGCUUAUUUCACCUUCGGUGACAGGCAGCUCAUGACAGAUGUUCACAACAUGCACUCCUUCCUCGCCCAGAGGAACAUCAGUGUUGGGGAGGUGUAUGAUCUCCUGGGGCAGUACUACAGCUCAGUUUGUAAGAGCUGCCUCAGUCGCCGCCCUGACGUCAGCCUCUACCCCUUCAUCUACCGACAGGUCAGCUCCUCUGUGGCGCCCACCAGAGGUUUGACCAGCCAACGCUCGCAGACAGAGUGCCAUUAAGGUCAUGAGGUUUAUGAGUCGCUAUGCCUUUAAAUUUGAAAAAAAAAAAGAGUUGAAAAGAUUUUUUUUUCAUGGCUAUGGAGGACCAGACCUGCCAUAAUCAACACAGAAAUAAAUAAAUGGCUCAAAAAAUAAUUACUGUGACAGAAGUAUGACACAUAAAUUAUAUGAACAAGUUUCACUAAUAUUCGCUUGAUCAAAAGUUGUUUAGGUUAAUAUUUAGUAAUUGUUUAACUUUUAAAUAUACCCCUGUUAAUAUGCUCUUUUAUUUUUAAUUUGCCCUCUAAAGAAAUUAAAAUUAAUGGUGAAGUCAUAAUAUAUUACACAAAUAAAUUAUUUUAGGCAAAUAGAAAAAUGUGAGAAGAAAUUAAUAAACUACAUACAUAAAGGGAAGAAAUAAAUAGGAAAAACUAUAUAUGAUUCAAAAUUAAAAGGCAAGUUAAAUAAAAAAGCAUAUGGACACUGAGAUAAGCAUUGCUAUAAAUUUGCAGAUUUUAUACAUCUAAACUUACUGUUUUUGGUAUUUUUAUAAGUUUUGUUGGCAUAGAAAUAAUUUUAUUGUGUCAUUAAAUUAUUUCUGUAUUCUUGGCAGCUUUAUUGGUCUUCUGUAACAUUUAGCCAUGCAUAAACCAAAAUGAUCUCAAUGCCUGACAUCAGGAAAAGAAACAAGGAUAACUCAGAACCUUGUUUCUGACGGCUGGUUAGUUAUGGCACUGUGUUCAUUGUGUUGCGGCGGGUAAUACAGCAGCAGAUUGAACUCCACUGUGACGCAAUUGGGAUUUUUAAUGCCGAGGCAAAGGUUGCCAUCCAUCUUCUCUGUUUGUCAUGUAGCUUGUUUUUAUAUCUGCACUUAUUCAGUUUAAUUGAGUUUUCUGUCAGAAAUGAAGUUAGAGGAGAAACGAGAAGAAUUGUAGUUGGAAAGCUCAGAGCACCAGCAGGAAAGCAUUUUGUAUUAAAAGAGCAUUCUUUCUCUGUGUGAAAUUUAUUUCAUUACCGUGACGAGUUUUGGCUACAAUUUAGUGGACAUUUUUUGAUUUGUUUUGUUUUUCUGAAUGUGAUUACUCUUGAUGUGAUUUUCUAUUUUGCCAUUGAUCUUACUGCUUACUAUAUUCAUUGUUUAAAUUAAUUUAUAUUUUUUUCCUGAUGUAUUUUGUUUUGGAAUCCAAAUAAAAUAAGGUUAAAUAAA